UUGAGUCCCCUGCAAAAAUAAUGGCAUGUAUCAAUGAUGAUUUGGACAUGGUCGAAUUUUUAGUAGAAAAGGGAGCCGAUAUCAAUUGUGGUGAUAACGAAGGAUGGACACCACUACAUGCAACUGCAUCUUGUGGACAUAUAUCAAUUGCUAAAUAUUUAAUAGAGAAAGGAUGUAACUUGGCAGCAGUUAACAAUGACGGCGAAUUGGUUCUUGACAUUGCGCAAAGCAACGAGAUGGAAGACAUGUUACAGCAACACAUAAAAGAAGCUGGCAUAGAUUGUGAUCAUGCUAGAAGCGAAGAAGAGAGGUCAAUGUUAAAUGAUGCUAGGGCAUGGCGAUCGGGAGCAACGGGCAAAGAUUCUGUUCAUCCUAAAACAGGAGCUACCGCACUGCAUGUUGCCUCUGCUAAGGGCUAUAUUAAAGUUAUGAACAUUUUACUGCAGGCUAAAUGUGAUGUUAACGCUCAAGAUUUCGAUGGUUGGACGCCCCUGCAUGCUGCAGCGCAUUGGGGUCAAUUGAAAGCCUGUGAACUUUUAGUGGAAAAUUUCUGUAAUAUGGACAUUAAGAACUAUGCUGAUCAAACUGCGUUUGACAUCGCUGACACGGAUAUAUUAUCAGCCUUAGAAAAAUUGAGAGAGAAGCAAAAACUUAUGAUGAAAGAUCAUCCACAAAUUAUUAAUAAAAAGCAGCCGUCUGUACCAAAGAAACGUGUAUCAAUGAGUAAUGAGAAUACAAUAACAACACAAGAAUCUGUGGAAACCUUUGAAGAAGAAACACCAAAUAAAGUUAAAAAAGUCGAAUUAGAAAUUCAGUCCGAUAAGGAAGAUUCUAGUACUGGAACAAACAGUGAUGUUGAUGAUGAGAAGAAAAAUAGAGCGAAUAGGGAAGAAACGAGCCAGAAUAAUUCAUCUCCUACCGACACUAAUAAAGUUCCUAAUCAGGCUCCCAUAAUGCCUCCGAAACAACAGACUGAUAAUAAUGAAGAGGGAGUAAUACCAUCGUGGCGGCGUUCAGGCUCUUUCAGAAAUAGGAUACAAACUACAGACGCAACAAAUUCUUUAUCGACGAAACCUGAAGAAAAAGAGAAAAAUAUGAAGUCACCGACCAUAUCGAAUAAAGUGAAUACCGAGCCUGAUGUGGUAUUAACUAGAACACAUAGUUUUGAAACAGAUGAAAAGUUCUAUGAGCAGUACUUGGCAUUACGAGCUCGCAUCAAGGCGCUUUCCUGCCCUACUCUCCAUUGCUGCAACGCAGCUACUCCUACUCACACCAAUACUACGACUCGCUCUGCAUCUCUACGCGAAACCCACAGAAGAAAAGAAGCAAAAUUAAACUUGGAACUAUCAAGACUGCCACAGGGAAGCAAUACACUUUCACCAACAUCUACAUCUAAAACAAUAGUGUCGAGUACACUGCCAACUACUACAGCUACAGCUACUACAACUGCCACAACAACAACUACAACUACAACAACAAGCCCUAUUCCAGCCAAUCAAGUGCGCAGCGUUCAACCAGUGGAAGGUACAACCACAGUUCUAUCGAGUACAAACAAUUCAGUAGCUGUUUCUGGAACUCCUACUACACCAGGAGGGAGCAAGCUAAGUCCUGGAUAUAUCUUCAAGAAUUUCUUCAAAUCCUUUGUCCCGCCUGUUCGUGACGAAGAAAGUGAAACGCAAAGAAAAGCACACGCGAAGAGAGUAAGAGAAACUCGACGUUCAACUCAGGGCGUAACUUUAGAUGAAAUCAAGAGCGCGGAGCAAUUAGUAAAGAAAAAACAGCAAAACAACGAAGUUCCUUCUACGAUACCUUUAACGCAGCCUACAACCACUACCAGCAAUACAGCCUCAAUUACAGCUACAAUAACAACAGCAACUCCUACAACCGUGACUGCAAACAAACCCUCCGAAGAACUUAACUUACCCGAGAGGAGGCCUUCUUGGAGGUUGAAAGUAGAUAACGGGAGCAAGUUUCAGUUAGAGGAUGCUAGUAAUAGGACUUCAACGCUACCCAAUACAGAUACUACAACAGCGUAUAUGAGAAGACCUUCAGCUGGUUCCAGUGUACCCAGACCAUCGUCAGCCCCGAUUGAAACUAUUGCAACGAGCAGUGCCGAAACGACUGUAACAUUACCACUUAGACGAUCAUUAAAACAACCUGAAGAUAAGGAACAAGACAAAGAAAAUGACAGUAGAAAUGCACAAGCCACACAGGCUGUUAUACAAAGGAGGCGGAGGCCUAAAAGGAGAUCUACAGGCGUUGUCCAUGUUGAUAUGGACGAAAUUGAUCCUGAAAAGCAAGACUUAACUGCUGGUGGUGAUUGCGACGAACCCAAAGUUAAUCAUAACGAGAGUGGAAAUGACCGUUCCGGGAGAUCCAACAGGCUAGGAUCUGUAUCAUCGUUAUCCUCGGAAACACCUUCCAUAUCAACUAGAAUAAAAUCUACAACCUCUGAAAACGGUGAAUUGGACUACAAAAAGUUGUAUGAAGAAUCUCAAGUGGAAAAUGAAAGGCUCAAAGAAAAACUGAGACGAUCAGAUGAACAAUUAAAAGAAACCAGAAAUUUAUUGGAUAAGGCGCAAAGUCUUCAAAAUAAAACAGUUUUAUCUGAAGCUGAAAAACGGGAAAGGAGAGCAAUGGAAAGGAAACUGUCAGAAAUGGAAGAAGAAUUGAAGCAAUUACAAAAGCUCAAAGCUGAAAAUGAGAGAUUGAAAGCCGAAAAUCGGGCACUUACCCGCGUCGUAUCCAAACUCACCAAUACUACUAAAUAGGUAAAGGACAUAAUGACAGCAUCUGCGUUAACAGUGUACAUCGUACUCCACGUACAAUAUUAAUUCAUUAAUUAAUCGAUUACUUACGACUUUUUACGUUCUGAUUACGCAAUAUUAAAACUUUGAAACGAUGUCGCUCACUGACUCAAUCUUACAAAUACAGCUUCGCAAAUCAUACGCGAGUGUAAUUAUCAACAUAAUAAGAAGAUACAGUUUCGUCUUGAGGAAUUUGUAACAGCUUAUCGUACCUACGACGACUCGAAGCUUGCACAAAUUACUGUCCUUUCUUCAAAACUGUUACUAAUUCUACUUACAAAUUUACAGAAACGGAAAAUAUUAUUUCCUGAAAUUUAUCAAACAAGUGUUUAGUUUUUAGAGAUCCGGAAGUUGGCCUGUGGAUAGAAACACUUUCGAUCAACCUGAAUUUCAAAUAACAAACUUCUAAAGUACUAGCAAUUAGUAAUCGAUCAGUACUAAAGAGUAUUAUAGUUUUUCGAAAUAUCUUUCUUCCCUUAAUAUCCUUACCCAACUGAUAUUUGCAUUCAGUUCUUAUGAAAUUUUUAUUCACCGAUGAUACAUAGUUAGGAUUUAUUUAUACUUGUUGGUUCCUAGAUUUCAACUGUGUGAAAAGAAAAGAAAAUCUUUCAGGUUGCAACUUCCUCUUGCCAGUUAUUGCAAGUUACUAGAAUUCUUUUCUUUCGAAUACGAAUAAAAUAAAUAAUAAAAACGCAGUCUCGUAUAAUAUAUACAAUAUAUGAAUGCAAUUCAUUUGAAAACAUACUUUUUAUCGCGUACCUAAUUAAUCUUGAAUUUUCAAUACAAUUUAAAACUUGCCUUUCGAAUAUUAUUUAUCGAAUAACUUAUUUCAUGGUACAACCAAUAGAAAAUACUAUUUUAAUUACACUACAAAAACACAGUUUGAUUUGGAAAUGAACUCCCUAGUUUUCUGCUGAAAAUAUACCUAAACAUGUUAGAUAAUGAUUAGAAGAAUACACUUUAUUAGAAGAGAAAGAAUUCAAAGAUUAGCAUAGAUACACUUAUUUUCUAAGAAAGCAUGUUUAAUGUAAAAUUAUUUUUUACCGCACUAUGCAUUGUUUAACAAUCAUUUCUUAAUGCUCAUAUUAUAUGAUUUACACAUUAUAUCUCAUUUAACAAGUGACAUUGUCCGUAUAACAGAAUAUUCCCGUAUAAUAUUUCAAAUUAAUAUUGCCGAAAUGCUCACAUAAAUUCUACGUUACGCUCUAGUGUAUUUUACAAUUUAU